AGGAGGAGAGCAGAACAAGCUCUGCUGUGAGGUGUCACAGACGCCGUGCCGAAAGCAACACCGGACGCAGCGAUGUGCUUCAAGUGUGUGUUAGUCUCUGCUUUCUUGCUGUGUGUUGUCAUGGCAGGCAUUCCUCAUGAUGACAUUCACUGGACAUACACAGAGGGGAGUUUGGACCAGAUGCACUGGGCCACCAAGUAUCCAGCAUGUGGGGGUAAGAAACAGUCCCCCAUUGACAUCCAGAGACGCGGCGUGAGACACAACCCGGACAUUUUACAGCUGGAGCUCAGUGGAUAUGACGCACAGAGAGGAACCUUCCUUAUGUCCAAUAAUGGACACUCAGUCCAAAUCGACCUGCCCCCCACCAUGAAGAUCACAAAGGGCCUCCCAGGAAAAUACACAGCUGUUCAGAUGCAUCUGCACUGGGGCGGCUGGGACCUGGAGGCCAGCGGAGCAGAGCAUACCAUCGACGGCAUCCGCUACAUGGCAGAGCUCCAUGUCGUCCAUUACAAUUCGGACAAGUACAAGAGCUUCACUGAGGCCAAAGAUAAAUCAGACGGGCUGGCAGUACUCGCCUUUUUCUACGACGACGGCCAUUUUGAGAACACCUACUACAGUGAUUUCAUCUCCAACCUGGCCAACAUAAAAUAUGCAGGUCAGUCCAUGAACAUUUCAAGCCUGAACGUGCGCUCCAUGUUGCCCGAGAACAUGAACCAUUUCUUCAGGUACCAGGGCUCCCUCACCACUCCCCCCUGCUACGAGAGCAUCCUGUGGACGGUGUUCGAUACCCCCAUUACUCUUUCACAUAAUCAGAUCAGGAAACUGGAGAGCACACUGAUGGACAUCCACAACAAGACUCUGUGGGACGACUACCGCAUGGCUCAGCCCCUAAAUGACCGAGUGGUGGAGUCAUCUUUCCUGCCACGACUUGGGAAAGGAACAUUCUGUCGACAAGACGAAAUAGAAUCCAAGCUGCUUAAAAUCGAGGGACUGAUAACGUCUCUUGGAAAAAGCGUGUACUCAGGAGGUAGACUACAAGACUCACGGCCAAGCAAACAUGAACCUCAAGCUUUGUUCCCUCUCGUGAUCAACUUCCAGCGGGAGAAUCCUGGCAGUUAUGCAAAAGCCCACCUGGGCCAUCCCAUGAAGCUGGACUCCUUCACCGUCUGCAUGCACGUGUUCCCUGAAGGGGAGGGUGCGCACACGGUCAUCUCCUACUCCAGCAACAGCAUCCACAACGAACUGUUGAUCUCCAUCAGCGAGGACCGAGACAGCAAGGAGGUGGGCCUCUGGAUCGGCAACGAGUUCGUCAACUUGCCGUUCAACUUCCAGUCCCAAAGCUGGGCCAACUACUGCAUCACGUGGUCGUCCCGCACAGGGGGUGCGGAGCUGUGGAUCAACGGCAUGGUGGGGGAGCGACGCUACUUAAAAAACGGCUACACCAUUAGCCCUGGCGGGGUGUUUGUUUUGGGAAACGACCAGGACAGCCUGCUGGGUAUUUCCAACACGGAUGCCUUUGUGGGGAAGAUGACGGAUGUGAAUGUGUGGGACUAUACCCUCAGCACGGCAAACAUUCGGAACCAGAUGUCAUGUGAGAGGAACGUGACCUCGCAGGGAAAUGUGUUUAGCUGGGGGACCACCAAGCUUAGCCUGUAUGGGGGGGUGCAGCUUGACAGUCAGUACAGAUGCUGAAAUAUACAUGAAAUGUCUUAAAGGGGAACAUUAUCACCAGACCUAUGUAAGCGUCAAUAUAUACCUUGAUGUUGCAGAAAAAAGACCAUAUAUUUUUUAACCGAUUUCCGAACUCUAAAUGGGUGAAUUUUGGCGAAUUAAACGCCUUUCUAUUAUUCGCACAUCGGGAAGCAAUCCGCCAUUUUCUCAAACACCGAGUCAAAUCAGCUCUGUUAUUUUCCGUUUUUUCGACUGUUUUCCGUGCCCUGGAGACAUCAUGCCUCGUUGGUGUGUUGUCGGAGGGUGUAACAACACGAACAGGGACAGAUUCAAGCUUUCAGGAAAAGAGAGCGGAUGAGGGUAUGUCUACAGAAUAUAUUAAUUGAUGAAAAUUGGGCUGUCUGCACUCUCAAAGUGCAUGUUGUUGCCAAAUGUAUUUCAUAUGCUGUAAACCUAGUUCAUAGUUGUUAGUUUCCUUUAAUGCCAAACAAACACAUACCAAUCGUUGGUUAGAAGGCAAUCGCCGAAUGCGUCCUCGUUUUCUCUUGUGUCGCUGGCUGUCGUGUCGUUUUCGUCGGUUUCGCUUGCAUACGGUUCAAACCGAUAUGGCUCAAUAGCUUCAGUUUCUUCUUCAAUUUCGUUUUCGCUUCCUGCCUCCACACUAUAACCAUCCGUUUCAAUACAUGCGUAAUCUGUUGAAUCGCUUAAGCCGCUGAAAUCCGCGUCUGAAUUCGAGCUAAUGUCGCUAUAGCUUGCUGUUCUUUCCGCCAUGUUUGUUUGUGUUGGCAUCACUUUGUGACGUCACAGGAAAAUGGACGGGUGUAUAUAACGAUGGUUAAAAUCAGGCACUUUGAAGCUUUUUUUAGGGAUAUUGCGUGAUGGGUAACAUUUUGAAAAAAACAUCGAAAAAUAAAAUAAGCCACUGGGAACUGAUUUUUAAUGGUUUUAACCCUUCUGAAAUUGUGAUAAUGUUCCCCUUUAAAAUGUGCAUGGCAAUAUAUCAGGGACACGGUCAGUCAAUAUUUAAUGUAGGCUUUAGCAAUAUACGAAUAAAGUAAGUAAUGCAUCGACAAAAACAUGUGGAUUAUUUUGGAUAAAGCUGCAAAAAAAAACAUUGUGCAAAGGUUCAUUGAGAAUCAAAUUAGAAGCACAUCCAAACCCCCCAAAGUGAAGACUUCCUCUAUUUUCCCCUCAAAAGGAUGUGACCUUCCAUGCAUCCUGCAGGCUCUCUUUGUUGUCUUUCACGUUGCCAUCAUCUCCCAGCUUGAGCCCCACUUUGUUCCUCUUUGCAAACAUCUGGGAGAUCUCCAGGAAGGUCUUGUUCUUGGUUUCGGGCAGCACUAGCCAGAUGUAAAUCAGCGCUUGCAGACAAACGCAGGAAAAAACGAUGAAGCUGUAAGACCCCAGGCCUCUCUAUUUGGGGGAGACAAAACCCGAUCAGUUGUCAGUCAGAAUACUUCCUAUGCCAGCCUUGUACAGCUCUUUUACUUUGCCUGCUGUGUGCUGCACACACCUGUUUUCCCUUUGUACACAUCUUUUUUUACCUUAUUUUCCCUAAUAAAAGGGCUUCUUCUUCUGCAA